GAUUCUCUCCUCGCCCUGGUUUCGAUGCUCCUCCAGUUGGUUGUUUUCUCUUCUUGCACAACUCUGCAAGGCACUUAGCUGCCUCGCAGACUAUUUCCAUCCCAUUACCCUGAAGAAUCAGCCCCGGGACUAUGAAUAACCCUCUCAACAUGAGCCACUUAACAGCAUUCGGUCAUGUCUUCUGCUUCCGUCUCUCCUCAUCCCUCUCACUUGUACUGUUAGGCUGCAUGCCUCGGAGCAAGGACUCAUACGGACGUACUUAUAUCAGGGAGCUAGGUCCUGUACUUGUAUGAGGUUGCAAUUUCGAACUUGGUGGUCAUUCGAGCUAGAAAGGAGGUAACUGUUAUCCUCCGAACAAGGACUCAUAUUCAUAUCGGGUUGCAGUUCAAACUUGGUGGUCAUGCAAGUUAGAAGUGCAUAAGUCGAACGGGAAGAGAUGAGCCUGAGAGGGAUUCCUCUAAGCUUGCCGAACUGAAUGCAUUCUCUUCACUAGGCCCCACAUAUCCCAGCCCUCAAGCCCGUCUUCAUGAGCUCUCUCACUUGGAGUAUGGACCUCCCAAAGGAGGAGCACCGGAGAGGAGGGGAUCCGGAGUUGGCCCUUCAAUUUGCCCGUCGUCCGCAACUGGAGAAACGUUACGAGUAUUUUCUCAGAAUGGCUAAGCUGGCAUCCAAGUUCUUCAUCAACCCCUCAACGGGCCAGCCCAAUGUGUCAGGCCUGAUCAUGGCAGAGGCCGCUGGCUUCAAGACUGAGCUGAGUCAGUUGAAAAGGUUCGACGAUCGCCUGCGCACAAAGAUUCUUAAUGCUGUUGAUGUACCUCAUGGAGGGGAAGACGGGUUCAAUCGCUUUCUGCCUGCUGAUAUCUGGUUGGAACCAAUAUGGUCUUUUAGAUAGAAAUGGUAUGGUCUUGUUUAGGGUAGACCUUGUAGUAUGCUUCAAGGAUUAAACUAAGGGUUCUAUACCAGGUUAAUUAUACUUUAUGGCAUGAAACUCUUCGUUCAUGGGUGAAACUCUUUGUCUAAUUAACUUUUCACCGGUAAUGUUAUGAUCGUACUAUCAGUUUGAUUGA